ACUGAGAGAGACAGACAUCUCUCUCUCUCUCUCUCUCUCUCUCUCUCCAUAUAUAUAUUAGUUGUGCAGACGGUAAACGUACAGCAAUAUCUUCUCUCACUCUGUUUUCCUCUGCCUCUGUUUCUCGUUGUUUCUGGUGCUUUUCUGAAAAAGAAAAAGCCGGAGUCUUUUUCAAAUUUUCUGCCUACCACUCUCGGGUUUCAACAGAUUCUUGAAUCCCAGAAAAAAUCAAUCUCCUUUUCGAUUCGCGGGAAACAGAAGCAAGGAAAAUCCAAAGAACAAAAAAGAAGGUAAUUAGCGGAGGAAGAUUUGAAGAAGAAGAUGAAUAACUCAGUCUCGGAUCGCAGUUUUUACAUUGAGAGUGAAGAUGAAGAAGAUGAGGAAAAGGAAUUCAGCAAAAGCAUAGAAGAUGGAGGAAACGACUCUGAUUCUUCUGAAUCUUUUACUGAAAAUCAGCAGCAGAAUAUUCCCAGUUCUUACAACACCCAAUGGCCUCAAAGUUACAGGCAAUCCAUUGAUCUGUAUAGUAGUGUACCAUCCCCUAGUAUUGGGUUUCUGGGCACUCCUUCAUUGUCAAGAUUAGGAAGUUCAUUUCUUUCCUCAUCACUGACAAGAAGGCACACUCCCGAAACAUUACCUUUCUUGACGAAACCCUCGGUACCGAUAGUUGCGGAUGAGCAGCAACAACAGCAACAGAGACGUAGUUCUCAUUCUCUUCUUCCUCCUAUUCAUUCAAGGAGGUCUUCUAUUAGAAAAGAUGAUAAACCAUCCAGGGUUUCUCAUGAACAUCAUCCUAUUUCUCGCCACAGCUCAUUCACACAAGCUGUGAUUAAUGGAAUCAAUGUUCUUUGUGGGGUUGGAAUCCUUUCCACACCAUAUGCAAUCAAAGAAGGAGGAUGGGUUGGGCUCUCGAUUUUGCUUAUAUUUGCAGUGCUUUCCUUCUACACUGGAUUGCUCCUGCGUCGCUGCUUGGAUAGUCAGCCUGGCCUUGAAACUUACCCGGACAUUGGCCAAGCUGCAUUUGGUACGGGAGGACGAAUCGCCAUCUCGAUAAUACUGUACGUGGAAUUAUAUGCUUGCUGCAUAGAAUAUAUAAUUUUGGAGAGUGAUAACUUGUCUUCACUAUUUCCAAAUGCGCACCUAAGUUUGGGCGGAUACAUGCUAGAUUCUCACAUUUUAUUUGCGAUUUUGACCUCCCUUGCUGUUCUUCCUACCGUAUGGCUUCGAGACCUCAGUGUUCUUAGCUACAUCUCAGCUGGUGGAGUUAUUGCAUCGAUCGUGGUGGUCCUUUGCUUGUUUUGGGUUGGUCUAGUUGAUGGAGUUGGCUUUGAGAACAAAGGAACACCACUGAACCUUUCAACUCUUCCUGUUGCAAUGGGUCUCUAUGGCUACUGCUACUCAGGACAUGCUGUUUUCCCAAACAUUUAUACUUCACUGGCAAAACCAAACCAAUACCCUGCAAUCCUCUUAACAUGCUUUGUGAUUUGCACUAUUUUGUACGGUGGAGUUGCUGUCAUGGGGUACACAAUGUUUGGGGAAUCAACAGCGUCACAGUUCACUCUCAACAUGCCUCACGAUUUGGUUGCCUCCAAGAUUGCUCUGUGGACUACGGUAGUCAACCCAUUUACCAAAUAUGCAUUAACUAUAUCUCCCGUCGCAAUGAGUCUGGAGGAGCUGGUUCCAUCAAACAAGUCCCAUAUAUACUCAAUCUUAAUUAGAACGGCACUGGUUGUCUCUACCCUGGUAGUCGGUCUCUGCAUCCCCUUCUUUGGUCUGGUGAUGUCGUUCAUCGGAUCUUUAUUCACAAUGCUUGUAACCUUGAUACUUCCUUGUGCUUGUUAUCUGAGUAUCCUGAGAGGGCGAGUAACUCGGCUUCAGGCAACGCUUUGUAUUAUAAUCAUUAUAGUAGGUGUUGUAUCGUCUUCCUUUGGAACGUAUUCGGCGGUUUCGAACAUUAUUCAGAGCUUGAUUCACUGAAGUUUUUGGGACAUUUUCUUGGAACAGUGAGAGAGAACAUGAUUAUUAAUGUAUUGUGGAUCCUUAGAGAGUAUAUAUAAUCUCUUGGUGUUCAUUUCCAAUUUUGAGCCAUCUUUGAAUUUGUUGUAUCCUGCAAUAAA